AUAAACUCAAGUCAGUUCAUUCUGGUGACCGAUGCGCAAAGCUCUAUGAAACGUCUAGAAAGGAAAUUGAGAAAUGAAUGAAAGGACUUUUGUUUUUAUUCAGUUGAUACUGAGAAAGUCUAUUUUAAAAUAUUAAAAGCAAUUAUUUAAAGUCUUAAAGACUGGAGCUUUCCUUCGUGGAUUUUUCUCUGACAUGGAAAUGUUUAUGCAAAGACCAUUUCUCUUAAUAAUCGUUGGUAUUUGAGGAACUGUAGUUUUGGUUCGGCUGGUGCGCGCGUUUGGAGAUGGUGAGCCUUUUCACUCAUCGAGAAGCUUUCAGAGCUCUUCAGACAAUCAUAACUCCACGGAACUAUUAUGUUUGAAUUAGUUUUAUAUUUCUGCAUUUUCAGUCCCUUAGCUUUUGCUGCCUGAAAAUGUGUAUUUUGUUUUGACGCGCUAGUGUCCGUGCGCGUCUCCAAGCGCGUAUUUCUUCCAAGUGCGCGCUGCCGUAUUUUUGGACAAGAAUCGGAUCAGUACACGAGACUUUCGUGUAAUUUGAGUGACUUACAGUGUCUAAAAGAUGUUUGGCAUAAGCUGUGAUUUGCCAAAGGAAGUACCUGGAGGAUGUCAUUCUUUGCUAUAAAGACACCUUUCACUUUCAACAAUUUUCUAAAGAAAAGAAAGUUUUUACGCUAGGAUACAAGUCUACAUCAAAGACUACUUUGCACUUAACUGUCUAGCCUUAGAACUUAAAUAUGACCCCUCAAAGCACCAGUAGCCCAGGAGGAGAAAACCUUAGUACAUGCAAUUCUUAUUCCCCUGAAGUCACAGCUGUGUUUGCCACUGCAAUGACUCUCAUCAUGCUCUUCACCAUCUUUGGGAACAUCCUGGUGAUCAUAGCUGUCCUGACGUGCUGCUCUUUGCGAGGACCUCAGAACCUUUUCCUGGUGUCUCUGGCUGCUGCAGACAUCCUGGUGGCCACUUUGAUCAUCCCGUUCUCCCUGGCCAAUGAGCUGAUGGGCUACUGGUACUUUGAAUCGUUUUGGUGUGAGAUCAUCUUGGCGCUGGAUGUGCUCGUCUGCACAUCUUCCAUCAUACAUCUGUGCGCCAUCAGCCUGGACCGCUACCUGUCCAUCUCCCGGCCGGUGCAGUACGCCACCCUGCGCACCCCUCGCAGGAUCAAGGGCGCCAUCGUGGUGGUGUGGCUCAUUUCUGCCAUCAUCUCUUUCCCUCCACUGGUCUCCAUGAAUAAGACCCCGGAGCAGGAGAAUGGGUGUGGCCCACAGUGCAAACUCAACGACACCGUAUGGUACGUCCUGUACUCCUCCAUCGGGUCUUUCUUCGCCCCGUGCCUCAUCAUGAUCCUGGUGUACGUUCGCAUCUAUCAGAUUGCCAAGAAGCACACUCGAUAUCCUCCAGGAGAGCCAAGAAAAGACGGCGCAAGCAGCGUCACGUCGGGAAGGGUGGUGCAGAGUGGCAAAAACCAGGGAGGUGUUGACUCUGCGAAUGUUCCCAAUCAGGCUGCUUCCAGAUCAGAAGCCAAAAACCAGCCUCGGGCUCCAGUAGAACGUCGGCAGCGGAUGAAACGCUCAAAGAGGUGCAAGGACAACAAAGAGGACAGCUCAAGCUCUGGCUCGGAUGUCGAGGUAGUAGGGGGACAUAAUGCCAACGGGACAACCUCCAAUGUGGGGGCGAUGGAGCACGGACACCAGACUUCCUCACUGACCCAGCCCUACCAGAAUGUCCUCGCUACGUCUAAGGGCAGCCAGCUGGCCUCUUCCAACGUGAAACUAGCGGGAACUCCGAACACCAAGAGGAAAGCCAUGAUCAUCCGCGAGAAGCGUUUCACCUUCGUCCUCGCGGUCGUCAUUGGGGUUUUUGUCGUCUGCUGGUUCCCAUUCUUCUUCACCUACAGCUUGCAGGCCAUUUGCGGAGAGGCUUGUACAGUGCCAAAACCACUUUUUACGUUCUUCUUCUGGAUCGGCUACUGCAACAGUGCCCUGAACCCGCUCAUCUACACCAUCUUUAACAGGGACUUCCGUAAAGCCUUCAAAAAGAUUCUGUGUAAAAAGUGUAAGGACUGUACUUUCUGAAAUCGAACGCUCCUGAAAAGCGGUUUUAUAUUGUAAAGUGUUACUCUUUCCUCUAAAGGUGAAGACACAACAA